AAAAGGCUAAUUACAAGCGCGUUCUCUCCUCAGAUAACUAUUGCAAGUUCAGAAGAAGUGGACAAAAUAGCUGCUGGAUUUGGGUUUCACUCCUUCUUUCAAUUGCUGAAGCCGUUUGGUGAUCACAUACAACACAAGUUUCAAAUCAAAGAUUCACAAUUAGUGUCGAGAGUGGCUGAUGAUUUCUCAGUAAGGUUUACAAGGCCACUUAGCGACUUAUUAAGUGUUCAAGAGGCUGAAAUUAAAGAAAGACACAAAAUUCAACUAUUUAAUCAACAUAGUUUUGAGCUUUUGCUAGCAGAAUACAUUCAAUCAAUUGAUCUGCAUCUCAAAAAUGCCAAAAAGAACAACGAUAAAGCACUGGAAAUACUCCUCAAGGAUUCAAUCUACAUGAAAUUCUUUACCAAGUUGCUGUCUUCAUCUACAAUAACCUCAUUUGAAUCAAUAAACCACCCAGUCGCCUCUUUCAUAAUCAUUAGUGCCAAUGAUACUUAUGAUCACGCUAGGCAUAUGUUGAUAGAUUUCAAAAGCACAAAAUUACCAGAAUUCAUGAGUAUUGAUGAUAUACUCCCCAUUUUUUUGAUUGUUCAUGAUGAAUCUCAAGAAAGUGAUCAGAAGAAGGCAUUUCAAUUAAAAGAUCAUAUUAAAAAACAACUGUUUGCGGAUGCUUUCGUUCUUGGUUUGUCGACUAAUAAAGAAGCCAAUCCUCAGAUGCUCCUUCCACCACUCCUUUCUUCAAUAGACGAAGAACUACAAAACACACACUUGACUUCAAUUGGAACACCCACAUUACCAGCUUCUACGAUCACAUCUAUUUAUCAAGUUUUAAAAGACAUCAUACAGCGGAAAAUAAUACCAUUCAUGGAGAAGAAAAUUGCAACAUGGGAUGAUCAAGUGAUAUCACCUAGGAAAAGUAUAACUGGUAGACUCUUCAACGUUUCCAAGAGAUAUUUUGGUGGUUCAAAAAAUCAACAAACUGGUGGCGAGCAUUCAAGUAACUACAAUUUGGAACGAGGUUCAUAUGGGUCAGGGUCUGUAGAAGCUUUGACACGGAAACUAGCUGAUUGGUCAUUUAUGUUGAGAGAUUAUAGAUAUGCUUACACAACUUAUGAGUUGGCUAGAAAAGAUUUCCUGUCAGACAAAGCAUGGCCACAUUUAGCAUCUGCGCAAGAGAUGGCUGCAGUCUCCUUACUAAUGGGAGCAACAAAUAUUACAUCAAAAAUCAAAAAUGAUACAAUAGAUCCACUUGUUGACUCUUCAAAUUAUACUUUUUUGGCAAGAUGUGGAUUGAAAACAUAUGCCUUGAGAUCAAUCCUAAUUGUUUCAGAACUUUUCUGUACUUUACGUGACGGUUGGUCAAGUGCUCCUGCAGCUUUGAAAUGGGUUCGUAAGGCACUUUCUGACAAUUUGGUUGGAAGAAUAGGAAAGUCACUAUUAUUGGAAAGAGUUGCAUAUAUAAAUUCAAUUUAUAUGUCAAGUCAAGCAAAGAUAAUUUUAUCCAAGAAAUUAUUACACCCUGAGGAGAAAACUGAAGAGACUAAAGAGCUUGAAGCAUUGAAUCCGUUGAAGUUACAAAAAGACAACAUGGCGACAAUUGGUCUCACAAAUAAUAGAAAAGCUGCAUUGUGGAAUUUGAUUGCAGCUAAAGAUUGGGAUCCAGUUUCUCAGCCUUUACAAGUACAAAUCUGUCUUGACAUGACAAAGGAUGUUUAU